UUUCGCCAUGGAAGCCGACGAGGCCUCGGCGCCGCCUCCCCCGCCGUGGAUGCAGAACAAGUCGGCCGCGGCCAUCGAGGCCUCGUCGGGCCCGCUUUCCGCCGCGGCCUCCCGCCUCUCCGCCCGCUCCCGUGCGCUCCCCUCGUCCCGCGACUUCCACUUCUACAACAACUUCCCGGCAUUCAAAUCCCCAGUCGGCGCUGCGGCCGCGAAGGCCGACGCGUCCCUCGGCGUGCUCGGCGGGGCUUCGAUUCUCCCGACGCGGCAGCAGCCGUUCCCCGUGGGCGGCGACCUCGACGACGCGCACGACUGGCUCGUCGCCCUCAACGACGACUUGCUCGAGCGGUUCGGCGCCUCCACCGACGAGUUCAAGACCCUGCGGCGGAAGGAGGAGACUUCCGGGCGGAGGGCGGCGCCGCAGGCUGGGGACGGGUUCCAAGUGGUGUGCGGGAAGAAGAAAAAGAAGGUGGGCGAUGGUGGCGAGGAACGCGUCGGCAGAGUUGAGGCUUUCGGAGGUUUUGGCUCUGUGAGGAUGGUCACCAAGGACAAGGCGGCCGCGCCGGGGGUGAAGGCGAAGGUGCCCUUCCACAUCCGCACCAUCCCAAGGCCCCAGGAUGUGUAUUGUAUUGUGGUGGACAACUCCAGCAAGCCGUUCGAGCAUAUCUUGCUUGAUCGCAGCGAGGAUGGCACUCGGGUCGUGCACCCAUUGGAAAAACUCCCUGUUGAACAAAUAAUCAGCAGAAAUGUUCCUGAUAAUGAGCCAGUUAAGCCACCGGCUUUAGACAACACUCCUUUUACAUUUGUUGAAGACCUGAAAACCUUGGAGGUGCUAGCCACAAAGCUGAAGGAUGCAACUGAGUUUGCUGUCGAUUUGGAACACAACCAUUAUAGGUCGUUUCAGGGUUUGACAUGCUUGAUGCAGAUUUCAACAAGAACAGAGGACUUUAUUGUUGACACUCUUAAGCUUCGUAAAUAUCUUGGUGAUUAUCUAAGAGAGUUUUUCAGAGAUCCAACCAAGAAAAAGGUAAUGCAUGGUGCAGGUCGUGAUAUAAUAUGGCUUCAACGAGACUUCAGCAUAUAUGUGUGCAACCUUUUUGACACAGGCCAGGCUUCAAAGGUCUUACAGAUGGACCGCAACAGCUUGGAACAUCUUUUGCACCAUUUCUGUGGAGUAGCUGCAAAUAAAGAAUACCAAGCUGCAGAUUGGAGAUUGAGGCCCCUUCCUGAUGAAAUGAUCAAAUAUGCUAGAGAGGAUACACACUAUCUGCUAUAUAUAUAUGACCUGAUGAGAUUGAGACUAGUGAAUGGGUCAUCAUGUGAAAAUGAUCUUCUUUUAGAGGUUUGCAAGCGCAGCAACGAAAUUUGCUUGCAACUGUAUGAGAAGGAGCAGCUGACUGAUACAUCAUAUCUACAUAUACAUGGGUUGAAAGAAAACGAGCUGAAUGCAACGCAGCUGUCAGUUCUUUCCAGUCUAUAUCGAUGGAGAGAUGGCAUUGCCCGUGCUGAGGAUGAGAGCACUGGCUAUAUAUUACCCAAUAAGACUCUACUUGAGAUAGCAAAGGAGAUGCCUGUGACAAGUGGGAAGUUGAAAAGAAUGAUUAAAUCAAGAAAUUCGAUUUUGGAACGAAAUCUCAACCAUGUUAUUAACAAUAUAAGGGAUGCCAUAGCAGCUUCUGGUGCUUUUGAAAGUAUAGUGGAGCAGCUGAAGAAGGGAAAACUGGAAGAGUUAACAUUGGCAGAUGUGAAGAACAGCAGUGAGGACACUGAAAUGAUUCCUGCUGUUGAUGUUGAUAACAUUGAAGAUCCGAGUGAUGAAUCUGCUGUAGUUCCUGCAGUGAUUACAAAUGUCGGUGCUGCUCCCUGUAUUACAAGCGAAGCUUCCUUGGGUAAUAUGCAUUUAGAGGACCCUGUGCCUAAAACAAAGGACUCGGGUGCUUCAUCAGGGUUUACUGGACUGACAGACAACAAAAAGCUGAGCAAUGACCAGCAGCAAGCAGCAAAGGCUACUGUUCAAGUAUCAAAGAGGCCUACAGCUUUUGGAGCUCUGUUUGGAAAGGCAGCUGCUGGAAGAAGGCCAGAUCUUUUCCUAGGAUUUUCAAAUGUUCAGGGUAAGACUAAGGUGGACAAGAUAACGUCUUCCGUGGUACUUCCUUUUCAUCAUUUCUCAGGUGGUGCAAAACUUUCAUCAGCCGCCCUUCCAGCGAAAGAAUCGUUGCAUUCUGAACCAGACAGCAUCCAACACAGUGAUCCAGCUUGUCAGUUGGAAGAAGUGAUACAGUUGGACAUGGGAACAGACGAGCAACAACCACCAGAAAAUGGCAACGAGGAUGAUGGACACUGUGAGACUGAAGACACGGAGAUGUCAAAGUCCCCUUCAGGUGACCCGUCUGUUACCGAGCAACGAUUCCGAUCACUCAACGAAGAAAGAAACGUUAAGCAGAACCAGAAGACACCUCGAGAAUUCGAAUUUAGUGUUCCGGUGGUGCCUUUUGAUUAUGCCGAAGCCAGAAAGAAUCUCGUGUCUAGUUUGCCUAAAGCUGAGAGGAGAAAGGACGAUGCCGUUGCCAGGGCUAUAAAUACAGACGCUGGAGAUAAGCAGAGGGGUUCAAAAAAGCCACCAGGUGGGGGAGAGAACGAGGGAAAUUUCCAGCAUCCACGAAGACGGCAGGCUUUCCCGCCUUCAGGCAAUAGAAAUGCUACGUAUCACCAGUAGCAAGUUGAGAUGUAUAACUGGCGAAUUGGAUUAUUCCAAAAUUGUGAUAAAAGAGUACCCUACGUGUUGUAUAUUUGGACUGGGGAUAUCUCGGACUCAUGAGAAACCACCGAGACUGCUACUGCACCGCGGUGCCCUGACGUGUUGCUAACACGUGCUAGGUGACUGAGAAUAGUUGGGUAUUGCGUUAUUUUUUUUAAUAUGUUCUGAACAUGAGAAUGCCCUAGUAUUUCAUUAGGAUGUGUACAUUUUACAAUGUUUUAUGGACAAUUACUGUUGUAUUUUUACUUUUGAACUCCAGAGCCCUGUUUUGGUCACGCACUACAAUUUUCACCUAAACUCUUUUCCGAACGUUUACUAUAUUGGGCUGUUUGGAUCCCUUUAUUUA